CAGCAUCAGACUGCAGAUGUUCUGGCUAGGCCACAUCAUAGUUCGAGAAACUCAAUAAUAGGCAUUAGUGGUAUAAUGAACUCAAACAAUUCCCAUGCACCCAAUCAAUGGGUAGAAGAGCCUCCUCGGCCGCCAGCAUCUCGAAGAGCGGCUUCAACUGGAGCUAUUGGCGUGCACGCGGGGCCGUCUAGGGCUAACACUGAGAACCUCUCUACAUCUCCAGGGGCGUGGCAACCAGGAAUGCCUCUUCCGCCACCACCCCCUGGGCCUCCCCCAAAUGCAAGAUCUCAUAGCAUGACUCGUCCUCAGCUGGAUACGACCCCCUCUCUGCCGAAUUCGAUAAGAGCCCCCCCAACACGGCGACCUCCGGGGCAAGGCACUGCGUUAGGCCCUGUUCCGCCAACACCAGCAGACUGGGUUGAGGAAAGUGGCUUUCCGGAACCGCCAGGACAGCCGUCACGCUCCGGUGAUCUAGUGACUACAAGCCCGGGCGCUAAUUCGAGACAAGGAGAUUUGAGUGAUUCGCACGAAUUUGAAUCUCCUCACAACCCGUCUCGUAAUAGCCUGGUGCGAAUGCCUGCCAGAAGAGACCCAAGUGCCAAAGGAAUCCGAGAACGGAGAAGCGAAAGUAGGGCAGACCAAAGAAGACGAAGCUACAUUGCUGGGGAUACUGAUAUUUCUAAUGGCGUGGAUGAUAUCGAACCUGUGAAGCCAGCAGACUUGGUUCUACCAACGACAAAUAGCAGUACGCUCGUGCGGCGCAGAACGAUAGCUAGAUCAACGCCUCGCACUCCCAAAGCUCUGUCUUCUCCAUAUGACGGGCUAGAUAGUGCCAGAUCGCGAGCUGAGUCUGAGCCCUUUGAGUCAAUGGAGUCAGCCCAUUCGACACCUCGACCCGGCUCCUCUCAUCCGCCUAUCGUCCGCGAAACAUUUGCUCCAACUCCGCCAUUCUCGCCUGGUCACGAUCGUUUUACUGACCCAGUGAAAUCCAUGCGCCCUUCUCCGCCCUUGCCGCCAAAAUCACUCCCUACGCCGCCUCCUCAGCACCCGGCGGCGGUUAGUGGGCUCAUGUCACCGUCAUUUAAAUCUGACGGUCAUCGGCCCGUGUCUCAUAUUCUUCAUUCUCCACUUACCGACCCGGCGAUGCCCUCGCCCUUAAUGCCACAGCUCACUACUACAGUGUCGUCAGCUUUACAAGGUGCACGGUCAGAAACUCCAGAGUCCUUCAAGAAAGCAGCUAUGGAGCGUCAUCGAUUAUUUGCUGAAAAGGAAGCUUCGGCCAAUUCUGAUCGGGAACGUAUCGAACUUUUUGCGGAAUUCAUAAUAGCCGAGUCAUCUUUGCGGAAGAAUAAAUAUGCAGAGGCAAUUCAGAGUAUGGGCACGAAAAUUCAGGAAAUGACGAGGGAUUUAUUCAAAUCUUCGCCACAGAGUAGCGUUGCAUACACGUCGUUCGGCCCUAAAGAAGAGAAGCAAUUGUCGGUUGCCGAUCUUCGAGCCAAUGGGCACAAUGGUUCUCUCACUGCCGCUGUCAAAGGUUUCUCCUCCGCUGAUGCUUCACCCGAAGACUACCAACCUCCUGUGCGUGCCAAUCUGAAGUUAAAUACCCAGGAUCGCCCGGACUCGACGUGGUGGAAUGGGUAUAUGCCCUCGUUAUCUCCUAUCGCCAGCAUGGGAGGCACGAGCGGAACCCCAGAUGAGAUGAGCUCUAGAGGUCGACCAGCCAGCCGUUGGUGGGAAGCAAGUCAGGAAGGUUCUGCCAAUGGGGACGGUACGAGGCGUUGUCAGCGCUCGAAACGCGAGUCCAAAUACAUGGGUCUUCCUCGGGAAGUUAGAGAAUCACUGCAAUGGGACGUUGAACCGUCUCCUUCCGGCGCCUUGGGCAGUUCUGCAAGUACCGGCCCAAAUGGUCGAUUUUCCUAUAGUCAGGAUGAAUACCCUCCGGAAAAGUCUGGAUGGCAUGAACCGACCCUUGAUGAUGGUUAUCCGCCACCACCGCCUCUUCUACCUCAAUCCAGCUCCCCGUUUUCCGCUUCUACUGUUAGCCGCCCAGACUCCAAGAAAGUCGAUGUCUCGCGGCUGGUGACUCUGCCUCCGCCGUAUCCUCGACAUCAUCCGGCUGUCAACAAUAAUCAUCCCGACCUGGCUGCAAUCCGAAGCGUAAUCCGCUCUUUGAGCGACCUCGAAGAUGUCAAGGCCACGAAAGAGCGCUACGCUCUCCGCAUCGACGGCAUCCGCGAACAAGCUCGACAGGAAGCCGGGAAUCGGCGCAGUCAGCUCGUCGCAGACAUUCAGCGCCAAAUCCAAGCCGGCUCAAUGACCUAUGCUGAGGCAGCGCGCCAUGAAGCAGAACUCGAAGCAAUUGAAUCCGCACGCAAAAAGGACAGAGCGCAGCUUGAAUUCGACACUUUCCAAUCUGAAGUGGUCCAUCCUCUUGAAUCAUUUUUUUCUGAACGCAUCGAUCGCGCUACAGCGAGCAUCUCCGAGCUUCAAGGCAUCCUAUUCAUUGACGCGCAAGAAUUAAGUCCUAACAUGACUCAAGAAGAAGGCGACGAACAGCCUGAGCUUCUCGAGAAACUCACUCAACUCAAAUGGCUUUUUGAAGCUCGCGAACAACUCCACCGGGAGCAGCAGGAGCUCUCCCGGGAACGCACAGAGAAGUACAAACUCAUUGUGACAACACCCUAUAUCCUUCAAAAAAACACAGCGAAGCUCCGCGAAGCAGAGGCUUUUUUUACACGCGACGCCAUCGACCGCAAAUAUGCAUUUGACCAGGGCUCCCUCGCCCGAUUUGAAGACUUUCUCCACAUUGUCGAAUCAAACGUCGUGCGCGGCGUAGAACAACAGCUAUCUGCCUUUUGGGACAUUGCGCCCUCGUUAAGCGCCGUUAUUGAACAGAUUCCCGAGGACAACAAUCGUCUGCACACUCUCGAUAUCCUCAUCCCGCCAGCCGAACUUGAUGAGAAUCCUUCCUACCGCACAUUCCCACUGUUGUAUCUUCAUUCGCUCCUCGAUCAUGCGCAUCGCUCUACAUACCAAUUCAUCGAAUCCCAAACCAACUUGCUCUGUCUCCUCCAUGAGGUCAAGACGGCUGUCAUGGUCUCCCAGGCCCGCCUUACCGAGACCUGUCGCGUCAGGGAAGGCGACGACCCCAUGCUCGCAGCGGCAGAAGCAACGCGCGACCGCGACAGAGAAGAAGCCCGUAUCACGGAUGACUUGAAGGAAAAGGUUCGUGUCGUUGAAGCACUCUGGGAUGAAGGCCUAGGAAAAGAACUCUCUGCGCUUCGUGAAAGGGUCAAGGAGUGGCUAGUCGAAGUCGGAGGCUGGGAAGAUGCGGACGACUAGACGAAGCAUGCCCCGUGCAAUAUUAGCAUCCUUUUUUCACAUGC